AUGUCUGCAGUAGUCAGCCAGCCCAGCAGCUACACAGGGCGCUUCAACAGACUGCCGGCGACCAACAACCUUCACCAUCAUCAUGAUUUGCCAGAAUUUGAACCUUUUGAUGAAGAUGCCAAGCCCAGAGCCCCUGCGCCCGCGGGCGCCUCUCUGUCGGUGAACAAAGUGGACAUGUGUCAGCAGAUGAACAAGGCGUACCACUACACCACCGCCUACAACACCCCAAAACUGGCGGUCCGUCGCGGUCAGGAGUUCGUCAUACAAGUCACCUUCAGCCGCCCGCUAACCGCAAACGACGACUUCCAGCUGGAGUUCCUGAUUGGUUCCGACCCGUCAGCCAUUAAGGGCUCUCUGCAGGUGGUGACCUUUGGGUCCCGUAGCGGCGGUCCGUGGUCGGGGCGGAUUGUGGAGAAUAAGGGUAGUUUGCUCAUGCUGGGCGUCACGCCGACGCCCAACGCCAUCGUUGGGAGGUUUCGAACCUACGUGACCAUCGUGACGGACAGCGGCCUGCAGCGAACCAGGACGGAUGAAAACACCGACCUGUACCUGCUGUUCAACGCCUGGUGUCCAGAAGACGCUGUGUUUCUUGGUAACGACGCAGAACGCAAUGAGUACGUCCUGAACGACAACGGUGUGAUCUUUCAGGGUAUAGCUGAAGCUCCGACAUCCCGCAACUGGAUGUAUGGACAGUUUGAGCGUGGUGUUUUGGACGCCUGUAUUUACAUCCUGGAUGUGUCUCGGAUGCCGAUUGAAAACCGAGGCAACGUCAUCGAACUCGUGAGGAAGGGAUCGGCCAUGAUUAAUGCUCAGGAUGAUAACGGUGUGGUUGUUGGGAACUGGAGUGACAACUACUCCAUGGGCACAGCGCCAACAUCUUGGACUGGCAGCGCCAAGAUCCUGCUGCAGUACGCUAACACCGGAGUCUCUGUCUGUUUUGGCCAGUGCUGGGUGUUUGCUGGAGUCUUCAACACCUUCUUGCGUUGCCUCGGCAUCCCGGCGAGGACCAUCACCACCUUCAACUCAGCUCACGACAACACGGGCAACCUGAAGACCGACAUCAUCUACAACACUGACGGCACACCGGACACCCGCAACACCAGGGACUCCAUCUGGAACUACCACUGCUGGAACGAGGUGUUCAUUACGCGUCCUGACCUGCCGCCCGGCCUCGGAGGAUGGCAGGCCGUGGACGCCACGCCCCAGGAGACCAGUGAUGGAUAUUAUCGCUGUGGUCCAGCCUCAAUCGCCGCCAUCAGGGACGGUCUGCUUUGUCACCCGUUUGACUCUGGCUUUGUCUUUGCUGAGGUGAACAGUGACGUGGUCUUCUACAAGCGGGAUCGCUACGGGACUCUGACUCCAUUCAACGUGGACAAGACUCGUGUUGGAAAGAUUAUUUGCACCAAGGCUUUAGGCAGCACUGACAUUGUGGAUAUCACACGUACCUACAAGUACAGUGAAGGAAGUGCAGAGGACAACAGGACGAUGACUCGGGCGGAGGAGUACGGCCUGGAGAGGGAUCACACUCAGCUGCCCAAAGCCAAGAUAUCGAUCGUCAUCACAGCUGACGACGUCGCGCUGGGUCAGGACGUGAUCCUGGCAGUGGAUUUCCUAAACCAGGGUUCACAACCCCAAACGGUCCAAGCUCACCUGGCCGGGUACAUCGUCUUUUACACCGGGAUCAAAUCCGUUCAAUUCAAAGCUCAGGACUUCACUGUGACCGUGCCGGCCAAUCAGACGAACCGUGUGAAUUUGAAGAUUACAGCUCAGGAGUACCUGCCUGAACUGGGCUCUCAGCUCACCCUGAAGUUUGUUGUGACUGGACAGAGCGACGACCAAUCAGUGAACACCGUGAAGAUGAUCAACCUGCAGACCCCAACGCUCAACAUAACGGUGAGCGGCCAGCCUCGGGUGAGGCAGCAGAUGUUUGUGAACGUUUCCUUCACCAACCCGUUCGCCUUCUCUCUGAAGAAGGUGAACCUGGCCAUGGAGGGCGCUGGGCUCAUGGACCAAAAGACACGUUUCUACAGCGUCAUCGAUCCUCAGUCUACAAUCUCCUGGAACGAGACGUUCUACCCUCGGCUGGAGGGAAACCGUCGCCUGAUGGCGGUGAUGGACUGCAGCAACCUCCAUCAGGUGUGGAACACUGUUGACAUCCUCGUCAUGCCCUGAGGUGAUUGGUUAACAGAGAUGUGACCCGGCCCUUUUCCAUUUCCAUCAAUCACAGAGAGGGCGGAGCCGACAAACGGCACUAAUCACUUCCUUGAUGAUUUGUUUUCUUCUUUAAUUUCAUUUAUACAAAUUCAGAGUUUAUACAUUUUGCUUUACGGCUGAGGGAGGUUUGAAAAUGAGCAGUUUAGGUGGUUUAGUGAGGAAGCUCAACGGUUAAAGGUCACAGUAUCCUUAAAAUAGAUACUGGCGUGAACACCCAGGAAAAUUCAGAACAUGUCAAGUUAAUAGAUACUUUUAGAUUCAUAGAAUUAUCAUGAAAACACAGAAGAUCAAACAGGAAACAUUAAUAACAGCAAAAAUGUCUGGUACAUUUACACUCACAAAUUCAUUUUAAACAUCGCCUGUGAGCGUGUAAACAUGGCCAAAUGUAUAUGGACGCCCAAAUAAUUGAUUACCAGCAGGGGGUGUCCACAUACUUUUGGCCAUAUAGUUUCCACUUCAGUACUCAUCUUUAUGUUUUCCAAUUUUUAAAAAAAUUAUAUAUGCAGAAAGACAAAAUCUAAAUCGGUAUGAAGAGAUUAAAAAAAUCGCCGCUGCUCUUAAUUAAGCAAUAAUUAAAAACUCAACUGUUUUUUAACUGAAAUAACUAAACACAACCUUUAUAGGCAAAAAGCUUCAGGAGACAAAAUUAAUCUGAUUAGAAAGAAUAAAAGGGUUUUAAAGUUUCCCCUUUUUACACCAGGUUUACUCAGCAAAUUAAAAUAAAACCAUUUCAUGAUAAAGUGAGAUUUUAAAAACCAAAGUGUGAGCUGAAAACAGCCGGAUCAGUGUGAGCGUUUUAAUCAGUCGUAACGCCCUCCAAUCAAUAAACAGAGCUGACGUUUUUCAUUUUGAGAUGAAAACAAAUGUGAUUGUAUUAUUUUGCUUUGUGCCUCUGAUAUCUUUUAUUAAUGCUCAACCUUUCUACUAAUAAAAAGCAUAUUCAAAACCC